GUGAGCUGCCAUUUCCGGCAGCUCAGCUUUGUGAUCGCUGACCUCCAGGCGAUGAUGGGCGAGAUGCAGCUGUUGAUGCUGGCAGGCUGGUUGCAACGUAAGCGUGGCACAAGUGGGUGUAGUGGAGGGUGGUUCCAGACCAUCAUAGGUACCUUGCACUAUCUAAAAUGUAUUUGA